AUCGACGCAAGCGCUCUCUAUAGGGAGAUUUUAUACCUACAAGAUUUGCUUUGGGUUUGAUGGAAAGCGGAAAAUCUUUUCUCAGUAUGCUGUGUUUUUUGGGAUAAUCGGUAUUCUUUUCAAAAUGCCGGAAACUCAUCAACAGAAUUUAGCCGUUUAUGUGCUAUGCAUUUUGCUUGCAUGUUUCACCGUGUUUCAGGUUUAUAUUAGUGAAAACUCCAAACAACUGCACGGUCGAAUUGAGGCCAGCAAAGAGCCGGGACUGUUGGAGCAAAACAAAGAUAUAGAACUUCACAGGAGAACUGGUGCGAAUAGUGAAUCAAAUGUGCAGUGUUUUAAAGAAAUGGAAGUGCUCAACGAAAGAAUAUUGCUCCUGGAACAGCUCAACUUUGAUAAACUUGGACCGACUGAUUAUGCUGCUCGUGUUUUUGGUGGAGAGGUUUUGUCGGCAGUUACAACAUCACGGCACCGUCAUGGCUCCAUCCUGAGCAGAAUGCGAAACAUGAUAUCGUCUAUAUACGACAACUAUUAUCAAAUGCAGUGCAUUAUACAGGACUGUGGUUCUUGUUACGCUUUGGAGGGGAGCUCAGGAACGAUUGUGCUUAAGCUGGUAAAGAAUGUAUACUUGAAUGCUAUUACAAUUGAACACAUCCCGAAAUCAUCAUUACCCGCCAAAAUGGAAGCUUACAGCGCUAUAAAAGAAUUUUCUGUUUGGGGCACAAACAAUCCAAGCAGUACAGUAAAGGAAACCUAUUUCGGUACAUUCAGCUUCGAUUAUAUGACAACAUUUUUAGAAACGUUUGUGUUUGAGUUGGACCAAGACAUGCCUAGCAUUCGUUUCGUACGAAUCGACAUUCAUUCCAAUCACGGUGAAAACUUUACUUGCAUCUACCGGAUUCGUAUUCACGGAACGCCAGAAUAGUAACAACCUGUUAGAUUGGAAGAAAAAAUAGAUGCAUUCAGGAUUUGAAGUUAGAACUUUGUACAAAGCAAAGUCUUGGCAGCUGAGUUUUUUUAGCAUUCUUCAUUUUUUUAUUUUAAUUUUUGCGAAUUUCUAAAACUCGUUAUGGUUGAUUUACUAAAUACAAUUUUGCCAUUUUUCCCUUAAGUUAUUAA